CAGACAGAGAGGUACCAGUGGAGACGCACAUCAGAGUAACUACUCAACUACUAGUAAUCAUACAGUAGAUAUUACCAUUAGGAGUCAGUUAGAAAGGUAAUCAUACAGUAGAUAUUACCAUUAGGAGUCAGUUAGAAACGUAAUCAUACAGUAAGUUAAUACCGUAAGUAAAAGUAAGUUAGAAUCAUAGAUAUUACAAUUCCAGGUCAGUCAGACUCUAUUAGUUCAUUCAUUGAUUGAUUUGGGUAAUCAUUGAUAUCCGGUACGGUUGGUUAAGAUGGCCAACUAUGUCAACAAACAGGUGAUUGAAUUAAACAAAGUUAAUGAAGAAAACCGGAACAGAGCAACGACGAGCGUGAAGACUGAGACCCAUCUCUCAGAUAGAAGACUAAGACUCUACAGGAUGGCUGCUGUGUGUUUAGGAGUGCUGUGUGUUCUACAAGUCAUUCUCAACAUCUCCCUGAGACUGGCUUUCUAUAACAGAGGCAAUGAGACUGAAGAGAGAGACCAGCUACAGACCAGUUGCAACACCCUGACUGAAGAGAGAGACCAGCUACAGAAGGAAAGAGAUUAUCUCAUGACAAAGUUCUCUAAUCUGAAACAAACCUGUCCUGAAGGCUGGCAGCAGUUUAACUCCAGUUGGUACUUCCUGUCUACUGAGACUAAAACCUGGGAGGAGAGCAGAGAGGACUGUCUGGAGAGAGGAGCAGACCUGGUGAUAGUAAACAGUGAUAUGGAACAGGAGUUUCUCUUUGGCCUCAGUAAGGGAGCCUGGAUUGGUCUGACUGACUCUGUUUCUGAGGGGACCUGGAAAUGGGUGGACGGCACCCCACUGACCAUAAGUUACUGGCACUCACAGCAGCCUGAUAAUGGCCGCGAUGACCCAAAAAAUGGGGAGGAGGACUGUGUUGAGCUGAACACAGAAACAUGGCGUCCUGCAAAGGCAUGGAAUGACCAGUCAUGUUUAGACAAUCGUCACUGGAUCUGUGAGAAAGUGGUUUAACAUCACCAUGACAACAGAGGAGGCUGGUGGGAGGACGCGUACACAUACUGCACCUACAGUGAACACAACUUCAUUCUCUCUCUCUAAGACACACACAUACAGCACCUACAGUGAACACAACUUCAUUCUCUCUCUCUCUAAGACACACACACAUACAGCACCUACAGUGAACACAACUUCAUUCUCUCUCUCUAAGACACACACACAUACAGCACCUACAGUGAACACAACUUCAUUCUCUCUCUCUAAGACACACCAACACACUGUAGGAAGUGUACUGAGGGGCAAAACAACCUGAUAAUGGUUGUGAACCAGGAGAAACUGUAACUAGGACUGUGCUGAUGUUAAUAUUGGGUUUUCUGAGCCUGUAUAUAAAUAUUCUGACAUAUCAUUUACCUCUCAACAUAACUGGGUUUGUGAAGAGUUAUGCAGCAUCUCAUUAUAUAAUAGUGCUACAGUGCUAAUGCAUCUCUCUCUAGUUAAACAGUGUGUAGACAUACUGUCAUCUGUAAAAUGAUUGUAUUCAUUGUUUUAAAUAGAAACAUGUUAUGUGAUUUGCCAUUGGCUUGUGCUUUUUUCAUAAUCAAUUAUUAGUAUAAAUCUCUUUAGUAAAAGAUCAGGCUCAGAAAAGAAAGGCUCAGUAAGAAAGGAACCUAGCAAUUUACCAGCUUCCUGAUUGAAUGUGAUUGGAUUGUUAAAACAAUGUGACUUGCAGUUGGACACAGACGGUCGGCAGAACAGUACUGAGAGGAUAUACACUGUACGCAGGCACACACACACAGACGCACACACACACACACACAGACACACACACACACAGACACACACUGCACGCAGGCACACACAGACACAGACACAGACACAAGUGUGAAGUUCCCCUUUUCUGAUAAAGAUGCAGACAGAUGUCCCACACACACCUCUGAAUAACUCUUCACACUGAUGUCACACACAGCUUAGAUACAAUUAAAGAGACCCUAUAUGUCCAUCGCUGGCAUAGAGAAAGUAAGAUACAUAAUGUGAACUCCAUUUCAAGGCUGGAGAAGCCACAAACAGAACAGUCAAAGUGAUAGGAUGAAAGACUACUCUCCUCAGACACCUGUUGUCAAGCAGCUAUCAUGUUAUAUCACUGUGUUUUGAAUAUCCUGUCAUGUUUAACUUCCUGAGUGAAGGUUAGAAAGGUAAUCAUACAGUAGAUAUUACCAUUAGGAGUCAGUUAGAAAGGUAAUCAUACAGUAGAUAUUACCAUUAGGAGUCAGUUAGAAAGGUAAUCAUACAGUAGAUAUUACCAUUAGGAGUCAGUUAGAAAGGUAAUCCUACAGUAGAUAUUACCAUUAGGAGUUAGUUAGAAAGGUAAUCAUACAGUAGAUAUUACCAUUAGGAGUUAGUUAGAAAGGUAAUCAUACAGUAGAUAUUACCAUUAGGAGUCAGUUAGAAAGGUAAUCAUACAGUAGAUAUUACCAUUAGGAGUCAGUUAGAAAGGUAAUCAUACUGUAGAUAUUACCAUUAGGAGUUAGUUAGAAAGGUAAUCAUACAGUAGAUAUUACCAUUAGGAGUCAGUUAGAAAGGUAAUCAUACAGUAGAUAUUACCAUUAGGAGUCAGUUAGAAAGGUAAUCAUACAGUAGAUAUUACCAUUAGGAGUCAGUUAGAAAGGUAAUCAUACAGUAGAUAUUACCAUUAGGAGUCAGUUAGAAAGGUAAUCAUACAGUAGAUAUUACCAUUAGGAGUCAGUUAGAAAGGUAAUCAUACAGUAGAUAUUACCAUUAGGAGUCAGUUAGAAAGGUAAUCGUACAGUAGAUAUUACCAUUAGGAGUCAGUUAGAAAGGUAAUCAUACAGUAGAUAUUACCAUUAGGAGUCAGUUAGAAAGGUAAUCAUACAGUAGAUAUUACCAUUAGGAGUCAGUUAGAAAGGUAAUCAUACAGUAGAUAUUACCAUUAGGAGUCAGUUAGAAAGGUAAUCAUACAGUAGAUAUUACCAUUAGGAGUCAGUUAGAAAGGUAAUCAUACAGUAGAUAUUACCAUUAUAGUCAGUUAGAAAGGUAAUCAUACAGUAGAUAUUACCAUUAGGAGUCAGUUAGAAAGGUAAUCAUACAGUAGAUAUUACCAUUAGGAGUCAGUUAGAAAGGUAAUCAUACAGUAGAUAUUACCAUUAGGAGUUAGUUAGAAAGGUAAUCAUACAGUAGAUAUUACCAUUAGGAGUCAGUUAGAAAGGUAAUCAUACAGUAGAUAUUACCUGUUACGUUCUGACCUUAGUUCCUUUUUUAUGUCUUUAUUUUAGUUUGGUCAGGGCGUGAGUUGGGGUGGGCAUUCUAUGUUGUUUUUCUAUGUUUUGUUCUGUGUGUUAGAUUUCUAUGUGUUUGGCCUGGUAUGGUUUUCAAUCAGAGGCAGCUGUAUAUCGUUGUCUCUGAUUGAGAGCCAUACUUAGGUAGCCUGUGUUCCCACCUGUGUUUGUGAGUGGUUAUUUUCCGUUUCAGUGUUUGCACCAUACGUGACUGUGUCGGUUUUCAUUUAUUCUCUUGUUCUUUUGUAUUUUGUUUCAUUCUCAAUUAAACAGUAUUAAGGUUG